CCUCCAGAAACUAUGCCUGAAAUCGAAGAAGGAAUUGACGAGGGUGUCGAUGAGGGAGUUGAAGAAGGACCUGAAGAAGGAGUCAACGUCAUGGAUUCGUCGGAAGAAGAAGAGGAAACUGACGAGGAAGCAGCCAAAGAGAAAUUUCUUACAAGGAUCUAUUUUUUAGUCGAUGAUAUAUCUGAGGAUGAAUUAGAAUUAAUAGGAGAAAACAGGUCCAGAAGUGAGCAAAAUUUUAAACGUCUUAAGCGAGGGCGUCAAGAAAAAAGUCGAGGCAAUGCUUAUGACGUUAAGAGGAUUUUCGACGAUGAAGAUGCUAUGGAAGAUCAAUUUGGAAACGAUUCCGACUUUGAAGCUUUUCAAGAUCUUGAUGAAAAAUAUUCAUUUGCUUUUGACAAUCCGGAAGAUAUGGACGUUGAACCUGCUGAAGGUUUAGAGGCAAUUUUAGAUGAUAGUGCUCUCAAGAGAUUAAAAAUGACCAGUGAUGAUAUACGGAUUAAAAAUACGGAUCUUCCGGAAAGAAUGCUACUCCGAUCAGAAAUUGAUCAAGGUCGAAAGUUAACUGAUGCUGAAAUAGAGGAAGCUACUAAAAUGAUUUCUGAAGAUUUGGCAUACUUUAAUGAACAACGACCUACUAAUCAAUUUAUGGUGGCUGUUAAGCGAGUAUUAAAAUGUUUAGGGCAAGAAUUCUUUGAGGUUCCAUAUAUAUAUACAUAUCGUCGAGAUUACAUUGCAGAAUUUGAUGAUGAUUUCUCAAAACCACCACGAGAAAUUCUCACACGAGCGGAUUUGUGGCAUAUUUAUGAUCUUGAAUACAAAUAUAGAUUGUUUAUUAAAAAACGUGAAGAAAUUAAAGAAACUAUUAAGAAAUACCGUAUCGACGACGAUCAUGUUGACAAUUUUCUAUCUGAUGCAUCAACUAUUGAAGCGCUCACUGAUUUAUAUAGCUAUAUUCAUCAUCAAUAUUCUCAACAAAUUGUCGCUGCUUUAACUUCUCGUAGACACGUAAAAAAAGCUUCAUUUUAUGAGGAAUGCCUGAGUCGAAAUCUUGACAAACUAGUUAACAAAUUUGGUGUUCGAGUAAAAGAAUUUGGAAAAAGCUUAAAUCUUGGAAAAAAGAUUCAUUAUCCUCAUGAGUCUAUGCAGGAUCCGUAUGUCGCGGCGCAAGAGUUUGCUUCUGUCUAUACCAGAAAAGCUGAAUUCACUAACUUAAAUCCUGUCGAGCUUGCGCUUGCAGAUGCCGUAAAGAUGCUUUCUCAAGAUAUUGGGUUUGAACCUUCUUUUAGGAAAUUUGUUCGUCGACGUAUUCUUGAGCAGGGUAUUAUAGUUGUAAGUCCAGCUCCACAUAAAGAUAUUGACAUCAAUCAUGAAUGCUGGCCUUAUAGAUACUUGAGAAAGCCGAUUAGUAGAUUUAGAAACUCAGGAUUGUUUGCUAAAAUCAUGAGAGGCGAGGAUCGCGGCGUGCUCAAAGUUAAAAUUGAACUAGAACGUGAAGAUGAUUUUCUUGAUAUUCUUGAGAAACAUAUAGUUGGUGAUAAUCGGGGUAAUCCAGUUGAUCAAAAGUGGAAUAAAUUCCGUAUUGAUGCAGUUCAUGCCGCUUAUUCUAAAAUAUUAUGCCCUAUAAUUGACGUAUGGAUAAAAGCACGGCUUAAGGAUGAUGCUGAGCAGUGGAUAAUGAGGCAAUGCAUGCUCGGCCUUGAAUCGGUUUUAGUGGCUGUUUCAUGGGGUCCAGGUGGCCGACAUCCUACUGAAUGUGUUUGCCUUGAUGAGAGUGGACGUCUUUUGGAGAACGUACGCUUCAGUGAUCUUCGAGACAAAGAAUCAAAAGAUUUUUACGAUUUUUAUUCGUUUCUUCGUGAAUUUAAACCAAAUGCGAUUGUAUUACGUUCUUACGAUAAUCGGACAAAAUAUUUGUUGGAGACUGUUCAAGAUGUGGUUGGAUAUUACAAAAAUCAUGGUGGUGAUGAUAUUCCGAUAAUUAUUAUUAAUGAUGAAGUAGCCAAAAUAUAUAGGCAUUCAGUUCGUGGAAGACAGGAUUAUCCAGACACUGAAUAUAAUGAGGUUGUUAGAUAUUGCAUAUCUUUGGCGAGAUCGUUGCAGAAUCCCAUCCAAGAAUAUGCUGCGCUUGAGGAAUCGAUUACUUACAUAAAAUGUCAUUCACAGCAAAGUUUGCUGCCAAAGGAAAAAGAGCUUGAAUGUUUACAAAGAGCUUUCAUAAAUAUAGUGAAUGAAAUUGGUGUCGAUAUAAAUGAUGCGAUAAAUUCUCCCUACAAAAGUGAUCUACUACAAUACGUUAGUGGCUUAGGACCUCGAAAGGUCGAUGCACUAUAUAAGAGAGUCUUACUUGAGGGCCAGACUAUUGACAUGGAAAGAAGAUAUGGUUCUGAUGUAAUAGAUGUAGCAAAAAGGGAAGAUUUAAAUAGAGUGUAUCAACUAGGCCCUAAAGUAUAUGCUAAUUGUGCCGGAUUUAUUCGAAUUCGACCAAGAGCGUUAGAGUCAUUUGACGAUACUCGUAUUCAUCCUACAUAUUACAUUUUAGCGCGUAAAAUGGCUGCGGAUGCUCUUGAUCUGGACGACGAUGAAGCAGAGGAGGAAUUACAACAAUCUAAUCGUCGCGAUUUUCUUAGAAGACUAUCAGAAGAACCGGAUAGACUUAAUGAUCUUAUUUUGGAGGAUUAUGCCAAAAGUCUUUCGAAAUAUUAUGAAUCACCAACAAAAUUAAUUUUACAUAAUAUCAAAACUGAAAUGAUGAAUCCUUAUGCAGAUCCUCGAAAGCCUUUUGAAAUACCUUCUACCGAUAAAAUUUUCGCAAUGAUCACAGGAGAAACUGACGACACAUUAUAUGAAGGUCUUAUAGUGUGUGUCAAGAUAUACAAAAUAGAAGACAAGGCACUAAAAUGCCAGCUUGAUUCAGGGUUGGAUGGAACAAUUACCAUUGGUUAUAUCGCAGAUCACAGAAUAGAGUCACCGGAAUUACGUUCAAGAUUCCAUAUAGAUCAACAAAUCUAUGCAAAAAUUUUGUCCAUUGACAAGAUAAAAUUUUCUGUUACUCUGAGUUGCCGUCCGAGAGAUGUGAAUGGCAAACAAACCAUUCAAUCUCAAAGGUCUGUCGAUUCUGACUAUGAUUAUGAUGCAGAGGCAAGGGCACAAACUUCAAAACAAGUUAAACCAAGGAAUGUAAUUACUCAUAAACCUCAUACACGUGUGAUACCACAUCCUAUGUUCAAACCGUUUACUUUUGCGGAAGCACAAGAUUAUCUUCGUGAUAAGCAACCUGGUUCGUUGGUAAUCCGACCAUCAUCCAAAGGGCUUAAUUAUAUAAGUAUUACUUGGAAACUUUAUGAUAAUAUUUAUCAGCACAUUGAUGUUAUUGAAGAAGAUAAGACUGGAGCCGUAAUCGGACGUAAACUUUUAGUUGAAAAUGGCAAAUAUGUAUAUUCCGAUUUGGAUGAACUAAUUGUUGAAUAUGUAGAGUCCAAAGCUCAGAAAGUUGAAGCUUUAGUGAGCCAUACGAAAUACAAGGCUACAGAGGAUAUACUAAGGGAUUUUCUUAACAUGUCUUUAACAGUUAAUCCAAGGCAGUCUGAAUAUGGAUUUUGUCUUGAUACUAAGACUCCUGGCUGGUUCUCAUUUAUGUUCAAGUUCAAGCCGGGGUCUCAAACUGAUACCUGGACUGGAUCUAUUAGACCAGAUGGAUACAAAUUAAAGGAUCAAAUUUAUCCUACUGUUGUAGACUUAAUCAACGGUUUUAAACGAAACGUAUCAAAGAAUUCUGGUACACAAGCUUAUAUGAGGAGAUAA